UCGCCUAAAUGAAGAAUGAAGAAACAAAAUGUUCGCACGAUAUCCUUGAUCGUGUGCACAUUUACAUAUUUACUAGUUGGAGCUGCUGUAUUUGACUCGCUCGAAUCGGAAACGGAAAAGCGGCGCUGGGAAGCACUGCAAGCUGUGGAAGAUAUGAUAAUACGAAGAUACAAUAUUUCACAAGAGGACUUCAAAGUGAUGGAGACAGUUGUGCUUAAGUCAGAACCACAUAAAGCUGGUCAACAAUGGAAAUUCACUGGUGCAUUUUACUAUGCAACAACAGUGUUGACAACUAUCGGUUACGGUCAUUCCACGCCAAGCACAAUCGGUGGCAAACUCUUCACAAUGUGUUAUGCCAUUGUGGGGAUACCAUUGGGCCUUGUGAUGUUCCAAAGCAUUGGAGAAAGAGUGAAUAGACUGAGCAGCUAUGUUAUACAAGCAGUGAGGAAGUCACUACGUUGUAAACGAACUGCAGCUUCUGAAGUAGAUUUAAUAUGCGUUGUGACAACGCUGAGCUCUUUAACGAUAGCUGGUGGUGCUGCGGCUUUUUCACGCUACGAAGGUUGGAGCUAUUUCGAUUCAGUAUAUUACUGCUUUAUUACUUUAACUACAAUAGGCUUUGGAGAUAUGGUAGCUUUACAAAAAGAUAAUGCACUCAACAACAAACCGCAAUAUGUAAUGUUCGCAUUGAUAUUCAUAUUGUUCGGUUUGGCCAUUGUUGCCGCCUCGCUGAAUCUGCUAGUACUGCGGUUUGUUACAAUGAAUACGGAGGAUGAGCGAAGGGAUGAAGCACAAGCUAUGCAGGCUUUACAAGUUGCUGUUAAAUUAGAAGGUGAUGUUAUUACAGCAAAUGGGUCCAUUUUAAGUGGAUAUGAAGGUCAUGAAGUUCAGUCAAAUAGUAGUGGAUCAACUACAUCCAUGUGUUCAUGUAGCUGUGCACGUUUUAGUGCAAAUCGUCAUAAAACGCAUCAAUACAAAGCGCGUCGUUCACCCUCGCAUAUACGUCACUUAUUGCCGGAAGUUGUACCAAUGCAGGACCUAAGCUACGAUACGCACAGCCUCAAUGCCGAUGGGCUCGAUAUCGUGGAUACAUCAUCAGUCUCGCCUUCGAAACCACACAGACAAUUACUCAAACGCAAUGUAUCGCUACUAUCUUUUCGUAUUUAAAAUACAAUUACUAUUAAUUAAAAUAACAUUUAAGUAUUAUAGGUUCAUACAUUAAUUAGUAGGUAUGCUUAAAUACAAUAAUUUUUGAUUCGCUGGUAAUUAAAGCUUUUCAGAUCGCUUUAUUGUGUGUGCUACAUGCAUGCGGCAUCGAUGUGUAUGUGGUAUACGUGUUUAAAUAUUUAUAAAUAGUUGUUGGAUCGUUGCGGCGAUCUCAAACUAAUGCAGGAAUAUAUUAUGCACUUUUCUGCGCUUCAUUUGCGAAUAUGUAUGUAUGUAAAUAUUAAUGAAAAAAAAUUUAUGAAACCACUUAUAAUUAGUUAGGUAGGUAUAAGCUUAGCGAAAACCUAUCAAAAAAUAGAUUUCUUUAAUAUAGUCAUUCAUAUAAUAAGAACUUCUGCUGCUAUUAAUAGCUUAAGCGUAUUCCCCGCUUUAUUAUUAAGACCGUUAAAACGUUUUGAACUUUUAUAUUCAUACUUUUUUUAUUAAAAUAUUUAAGAAAUUCAACCUCUUCUUUUAUAGUAUUGAAUAUUGUAGGAAGUACAACACAAAAAAUAUUUUUUUUUUCAAAAUAUGAAUUUAUGUAUAAAUUGCAAUACAUAAGGUGUUUUCUUCCUUUACAUAAGUAUGGAAAUUUUCAUAUGCAGCUUUUUAAACACGACCAUAUCUAUUUCUUUGCAUAGAUUACAUUUGCAUAAUUUACAUUAACUCAAUAAAUAUUAAAUUUUAUUAGAAAUAUCAAACGAUAAUUAAUAAAAUCGAAUCCCAAAAGAGGUUUGACCAAAACGAAUGUGCGAAUGGAUACUCAAUUUUUACAUAUACCAUACAAUUUGGAGUCUCCAAAAAUGCUUAGCCUUUAUACGGUCAAACAGAUGCAAUUUUUGCUGUAAAAAGCAUUAAAACAAGAAAUGAUAAGAUCGACGUCUUUUCAACAGUUAUGACAAACUAUUCAGAUACAUACAUACAUCGGUAUUGAAAAAUAUUUGCCUACGUAAAAAUCUUUUCCUGAUGCAAUAUAAAAACUAUUUUAAUAGUAAACUUUAAAAUCACUCAUUUAAAUAUUAUUUUAUGAAAUAGAUACAAAUUAAAAACAGUUCCAUCACUGCCAAAUUCAUAACCUGAUACAAAAAUUAACCCGUAGCAAGCAUACUCUAUGUAAAGGAGUACAAAUUUUUAACUGGCACAUACAAAUGUACAUAACCAUAAAGAUAUACGCAUGCACAUCUCUAGCAACAAAAGCUUACAUUUACAAAAUUUAUUACGAAACUUUGCAACGUACUUUACAAAUAAUUUAGUGUUUUAUUUAAUUUGUUUACGGUUUUUAAUUUAAUUUAAUCUAUUAUAGAUAUUGAAAUGAUAAAAUAUUUAUUGUUAAGUAUUUUGAGCAAAUUGAAAAACUUAUUUAUAGCGCCCUUAUAAGUUGUGAAAUAAAGGUAAUGUUAGAAUUGCUUACAUACUGCUAUGUUUAACAUUCGAAAUUUUUUCAAUUUUAUGUAAAUUUUAAUAAUUCUUGCAUUUAAUUCAUACAUUCCCAAAACUCAUGCCAAUACUUUUUAGAUAGAUACAAAAUAUGG